GCUUUCACUAUUAUCUGGUGCAUGAAGUGCAGGGAAUCCAAGUAAACAUGGAGGUCAUGAUUUUAGAAAGCUACAUCGUCAUACACAGAGAUUAAAAGUUAAUGUCGAGCAGAAUCCUCAAAUGGAUUGUGUUUGAAUUUUGAAGUUCCUAUUUGACUUUGAGCCAAGCCCAAUAAUCCAAGUGGUUCCCAACUAUUAUGCCUCGCCACACUGGCAUGCAGUGACAGAUCAUCAAGGUUGCCGUGGGAAUGAAUCCAAUUUCACACAAUGUGUCUGAUCAUUGUGAUUCAUUUCUUGAAACUGAUCUUUAUUCAUUCGUGGCGUAAAGUGACAGACAGAAAAAAAUAUAUAAUUUGUGAGUAAAUCGAGACAAGUUGUGCCUUUUGUCACCUAUGAAUUUUUUGUGUGUGUAAAAUCGGUGCUGAAAAAAUGCUUUAAGAACCUCGCAGGAAUAUCCCAGUAACAACACUUUGCUAACUUGGCAGAAGUCAUGUGAUUUCUCGUGGGCCAAGCAGUCAGGCAGGUCUUACUGUAAACCACGCGACUCAGCCAACACGGCUUUUAUCGCUUGCCGACGUUACGUCACAGUCAAAGAAACUCCAUGGAAGGAAUUGCGAAGCCGAGCUGUAACUUGACCCCUACUUUCGUUUUGCCCGUCCUCUACUAGCCAAAACCCUCCCCGAUGGGGUGAAAGGUCACAUUCUUGGCCGGGAGCCGCUCUUCCAUUGGUCGUUGACUGUGAGCUGACUUCCUAUUUCCUUUGGGCUGGCGCCGCUCAGCUCGUUUCUUUUUUGCGUUUGUCGAAUGCUUUACGCCGGCAACGAGAGCACGCUACCUCAGGCAAGAUGACGGCACGUUGAGCGGCUGGGUCUCCUUUACUGUCUGCUGCUGCUUCUCUUUGUUCCCUAGAGGUUGGCUCGCUUGAAUUCCUACCGCAUGAUGUCAUAUUAAGCCAUCCGGUCCGCGGCUCACUUGUUUUUAGCUGCGUUCGAUAUCGUCCGGUCAAGCUGCAGCUUCACCCCACCUCUCCAGCAGCUCUGCUCGCCCCGGGACAUGUCUCAAUGCCCGCCUCCCCAUCCUCAAGCCGGCUCCUCCCGCCACGGUCGCGGCCACCCGCGCCCGCUAACCUCCAAGCCCUUCAACGCCGCCGCCGCCGCUAAGAGCCGGUCCGGGGUGGAGAUGCUGGAGCGCAGUCUGGAGAAGCCCAAGCUGGUGGUGGUGGAGCAACCCAAAGAGCGAGGCAUGAGGUUUCGCUAUGAGUGCGAAGGCCGCUCGGCCGGCAGCAUCCUGGGCGCGUCGGGCAGUGAAAGCAACAAGACUCAGCCUGCCAUCGAGAUUCAAGGUUCCAUCGAGCACUUGAAGAAGGUCACGGUCACGGUUUCCCUGGUGACCAAAGACCCCCCACACCGGCCGCACCCCCACUGCCUGGUGGGAAAAGACUGCCCGAAGGGAUCGGGCAUCUGCGUGGUGACGUUGAAUCCUCACAGCAACCGGCGCCACAGCUUCGCCAACCUGGGCAUCCAGUGCGUGAGGAGGAAAGAACUUGACGUCUCAUUGCAAAAAAGAAGAAGCCAGAAUAUUGACCCGUUUUUAACUGGUCACUCCAAGGGCAUCGAGGACAUGGACAUGAACGCCGUGCGUUUGUGUUUCCAGUGCGAGCUGGAGUGGGAGGACGGCACGACGGACAGUCUCAGUCCCGUGGUGUCCAACCCCGUCUACGACAAAAAGGCCACCACGACAUCCCAGUUAAAAAUCAGCCAGCUGAACCAGUACACGGGACCCAGCACUGGCAAGACGGAGAUCUACAUGCUGUGUGACAAAGUGCAGAAAGAUGAUAUCGAGAUCAUCUUCCGGCGCGGCUCUUGGAAAGCAAACGGCGAGUUCGCCCAGACGGACGUCCACCGGCAGAUCGCCAUCGUCUUCAAAACGCCCCCCUACCAGGACCGGGACAUCGCGGAGGAAGUGGACGUCUGCGUCACCCUGCGCCGGCUGUCCGACCAAAUGGAGAGCGAGCCGGUCACCUUCACGUACCUGCCGUAUAAUCCAGAUCCAUAUGAGGUGAAGCGCAAGAGAAAGAUCAAGUCAGACAUGAACUUCCAAGACAACGUCACAGCCGAGUGCGCAGCGGCACCGGAACAGACCUUCCACUUCGCUCACGCCAUGUCAUCACCGUGCUCAGCCCAGGCGGGGCCCGGACCUUCGGGGGAGAUGUGCUACCCUGAGCCCCUGGAUGCCAACAUGGACAGUAAAGAUAUGGCCCUCCUCAACCAGCUGAUGGAGAUGCCCGCCCUUGUGGACUUGUUUUCAGACUUACCCAGCGUCUCAGCCAUGCCUGAGACUAGUCAGGCCCCCUUUCCCAACAUGGACCCCAACCAGAACCUCGGCCUGUACACGCAGGACUUCUCUCAUUACGCCGACUUGCAGUUCAACAUGCUGGUCAACGGGAACUGGGAAAUGCAGACCGAGCCGCCGGCCAGCCCGUCCAACGUGGUGCAGGUGAAGACCGAAGACGACCUAUGAGGGCACGAAACUCCGGGUAAUAGUCUGCACCGCAACCGUCACUUAAACAACAUCUUUCCAUUUUGUUUCAGCUAACAUCAUAUAACAUUAACUUCCUGUAGUUAAGUAGUAAAUUAACUAGUGCUAGUCAAUCAUAAGGACUUGUUUAUGCAGGGGCUGUUCUUGUGUAUCAAAGUAAAAAAAAUGAUGACCGCGUCAGUAGCCACAAAAUGUACUCAAAAACAAGUACUGCUAUUUUUUUUUUUAGAAAUUGUUUUGAAUACACUUUUCUUUGUUUACACAUGAAACAGUGCAAUUGGCUCACCUAAAAAAAUAUUCCAUAGCCAUUUUUCCUACGUUUCAUGAAGGUUUGUCCAUUCAAGAUUGAUAAAGGGAAAAGUAUAUGAAAUGUAGUCUCGAUUUAAUCUCAAAUGUGUCUUUUUUUUUUCUCCCUCCCACAAAAGCUGACACGAUGUAAAGCAUUGAUUUAUUACUUAAACUGCUCGCAAAUUCAUUCUGAAGGCCUUGCUGGUCAUGGCUUUAGUGAAAGGGAGCCGCUCAGCAUUGCCAAAUACUUGAGUGUAUAUGUGUAUAGUAUUUGUUUAUUUUAUAAAUUGUCAUGUGCCUAAAUUUAGACUGAAAAAUUCUGAACUGUUUUCUUGUCAUUAUUGAGUCAUGGGAUAUUUCAAGUUUCACUCUCAAAAGGAACUGUCGUGUUUGUCAGAGCACUUAAACAAACCUGUCGAACAUUCCAAUGUAAAUAAACACUGCGAUGACGGGAAAAGUAAAACAUGACAAAAAUCAA